AUGAGCCGUAGCACUAAGAUGAACACACAACAAGAAGAGAGCUGGCAGCCACUUGUUCACCUCCAGCCCCUCUCGCCCCUCCUUGCCUCUUUCCCUCCUUUGCCUCCUACCUGCCAUGACGGGCCCCACAGGACUGCUCUCCACGGCCGCGCCCUCCUCCCCAUCGUCCCGCACCCCGUGCUGCCCUCUACCAUCCACACCCCUAGCUGUCUUCUCUCUUCACCCUCUCCCCCACUCACCCCUCCACCAGCAAACUCUACCUGCCAUGAUGGGUCCCCCAGGACUGCUCUCCACAGCAGCGCCCUCCUCCCCAUCGCCCCUCACCCCAUGCAGUCCUAUCUCCCUCCAACCCAGGUCCCAUCCCACAGGACUGCUCUCAACAGCAGCGCCCCCCUCCUCCCCAUCGCCCCUCACCCCGUGCAGUCCUAUCUCCCCUUGCUGCUGCCGUCCUACCCCCCCUCGCCUCUCCCUUACCCCUUACUUGGCAUGGUGGGUCCCACAGGACUGCUCUCCACAGCAGCGCCCUCCUCCCCGUCGUCUCUCACAGGCACGCACACCACCACCACCACCCUGUUCCUGUUCUAA